AUAGCUGUAAAGAGUCCAUGAGAAAGAAACAAUAAACAACUACUAAAAAAUGGCAGGACUCAUGCACAUCAGCUAUGUCUUCAGAUUCAUCGUGAUUUUAGGAUUAGCUUUGUCUGCCUUAUCUUUAACUAAUCCUACAAAGCCUGCUUCCUGCUGCAGACAAGUUUCCAAAACUUUUGUGAAACAUAUUGUGAAUUAUGAAUACCAGCCAGAGCAACUGCAAUGUGUAGAAGCUAUCAUAUUUUUUACAGAAAAUGGGAGAAUGUACUGCUCCAAUCCACGUGUCAAAUGGGUGCAAAAUAAGGUAGCACAACUGAACAAACUUAAAUAUCCAAAUGACAAUGAAGCUCCUGCUACAACACAGAGCAAUCAAGGAUUCAAACCUACAUCAUUUUAGGAGAGCACAAAGAAGCCUGACCUCCAUAUUAAGAUGCGAUAUGUUUUAAAAUGCAUCACUGGAUUCAAGUUACUUAGUCAUUAACAGCCAUUUUAAUUUGAUUGCCACAUAUUGAUGUUCUACUAACUUUGCAGAGACUCUUUAGCAGUUUGCUACUGAAAAUAGUGCACUGAAACAUAUGUGUGCUCUUUGACUAUAUGUCAUAGCUCCAUGUUUUAUGUUACAUUCAUUCUGUUCUUAACUACACAGUUUAAUUUUGCUUACUAUCACAUACUCUGAUAAUAUCCACAAAAAGGCAUAUGGGAAAUGUUUUUUUUAUCAGUAUUGUUUCACUAUGAUAGCAAUGCCUUACUCUAAACACUUUAAUGGAAUAUUAGCAAAUGUUUGUAUCUUUCAGUAUUUUGCAUUUGUAACUGGGAAGUUGUCCAACUGUCUGGGACACAUGAACAAUCCAUCCUUAAAUAACAUAAUAGGCAGAAAAUCAUAUUCUGUUUAUCCCCUGCCAAAAACAGAUCUUUGCAGCUUCCAUUAGCAUCAUUGUAUAUCAUUGGUGAUUCUUGGCUUCUUUAGAGUCAUUUGUUUUUAUAAUGGAACUAGAGAUUAGCUUAUCAUCACUGGGUGCCCUAUUAUUCCACUUAUGAAUUGCUGUCCUUUGACCUUAUAUAUAUAUAUAUAUAUAUAUAUAUAUAUAUAUAUAUAUCUAUGCGCAUAUUAGUUAAUUAAGUCAUGAUGAUAAUGUAUCUUUUAAUGCAGAAAUCUCUUAGUAAUCACAGCAUUUUUUAUGGGUUGGGUUAUUUUAUUGCUGAGUCUUAUGAUUGGUCCUUUGACAUUCUAUCUCUUUAUGACAGGUUAGUAUUUUUUUGAAUUACAGAAUAUCAAGUGUGUACAACUGAUUACACUGCAUUUAUGUAUUUGUAUCUGAAGAAGUCUUAUCCAUCAAUAAAAGAUGAAAGUGCUAAAACACUAA